AUGCGAGCCUUAUCCCCUGACCCUGAGCCUGGUUGGGAAAGUCAGGCCGCAAUCUGUCGCUCGAUCCUCGACAAGUCUAUCGUCGCAGAGUUUCGCGUCCCGCUCAACCAGCUGCCAUCGGGCCCACGACUCAAUGUUCUGCAUGUGCCCUCUGAGUCUGGGUUGCUCUCAGCGCGGGAGCUUGACAUCACAGCUUGCGAUGGAACGCGUCUCGCUGAAGCCAUCGCCUCCGGCUGCUGGUCUGCCGAAGAGGUGACGGUGGCGUAUUUGAAAAGAGCGACCAUAGGACAUCAAAUGGUCAACUUUGCCACUGAGUUCCUGGCCGAUCGAGCGCUAGCUACUGCCAGAGAGUUGGACGUGUAUUUCAAGAAGACUGGAAAGACCGUCGGUCCGCUUCACGGCGUCCCGAUAUCAGUCAAGGAGCAUAUCGGCAUCAAGAACCGGAUCUGCCAUACCGGCUACGUCGCCUGGAUCAAGAAUGUCGCAUCGGCAGACGCCCUAGUAGUGCACCUGCUCCAGAAAGCCGGGGCGGUCAUCCUGUUACGAUCAAACGAACCUCAAUCACUGAUGCAUGGCGAUACCAACAACAACAUCACCGGCAUGACCCUGAACCCGUGUAACACGUCCUUGAGCGCCGGAGGAUCGUCGGGCGGCGAAGGUGCCUGUAUCCGGCUCAGGGGCUCGGCCAUCGGAAUCGGCACCGACAUUGGAGGCUCGAUCCGCAUCCCGUCGUCGUUCAACGGGGUGUAUGGCUUCCGCCCGACAGCUCUGCGAAUGCCAUAUCAAGGAAUCCACACCGUCGCGGGCGGCCAAGAGGCUCUCCGGUCGGUGGCCGGUCCCCUGGCGAACAGUAUGGACGAUCUCGAGCUUGUGAUGAGAAGCGUCCUCGACCAAAGCCCAUGGGAGAUCGAAACCAGUCUCGUGCCACUUCCGUGGCGGUCCGUCCCCGUCCAAGCUACGAGGGAGAUGACUGUUGGAAUCAUGCACAGCAACGGUCUCGUCACCGCCCAUCCACCGAUCCGGCGAGCCAUGAAAUAUGCCCAAGCCAAACUCGAAGAAGCUGGCAUCCGGACGGUACCGUGGGAGCCGUAUCGACAUGAAGAAGCUUCUCGCCUGUUAGGAACAUUAUUCUUCGCCGACGGUGCCCAAAGCCACCGCAAGGUCCUGGCCGAAUCCGCCGAGCCGGUGCACCGACUGACGGAAUUCGUCAUGACAGGCGCCAGGACACUGAGCUUUGAAGAGUACUGGCAGUGCAACGUGGAUCGGGAACAGCUCCGGUCGCAAUACCACCAGCUGAUGAAGCAGCGCGGUGUCGACUGCAUCCUCUGCCCUGCCACCAACGGAGUGGCCACCCGACAGGGAAACAAUGAAUACUGGUUCUACACCGGUCUCUGGAAUCUACUGGAUCAGCCUGCCCUCGUCUUUCCCACCGGUCUGGAAGUCGACCCAGCGCUGGAUCCUGCGGAUGUUGACUAUGUGCCGCUGAACGAGAAUGAUCGCAGAGAACAUGCGAAAUAUUGUCCUGAGAUCUUUGCUGGUAUGCCUAUCUGCCUGCAGGUGGUGGGCAAGCAUUUCAGGGAUGAGGAGACCGUGGCCGCCGCUCGGGUCGUUGAGAGUGUGCUGAGAGCCUGA